CUUACUCGAAACCAUCCUUACAGCUUCACCCACUAUUUCACCCUUCCAAAUCCAUGCUCAAAUUAUCAAAACUAAUUAUGAGAACUUCACCUUCAGUUGGUACUGCUCUACUGGAUGCUUAUAUUAAGAUUGGAAAUACCCAGGAAGCUGCGAUUAUUUUCAAACAAAUCAAUGAGAAAGACAUUGUAGCCUGGUCAGCUAUGCUGGCAGGAUAUGCUCAGGUUGGAGAUUCUGAAGGAGCCAUUAAACUUUUCUGUGACAUGCGCAAAGAGGGUUUUCGGCCAAAUGAAUUCACUUUCUCUAGUGUUAUUAAUGCUUGUGCACGUCCUACAGCUGCAGUAGAGCAGGGGAAACAACUUCAUGGGAGUUUAAUCAAGUUUGGUUUGGAAAAUGCUAUAUGUGUAAGCAGUGCCCUAGUUACCAUGUAUGCAAAGAGGGGGAGUAUAGAAAGUGCUCAUGAAGUUUUCAAGAAUCAAGAGAAGAGAGAUCUAGUUGCAUGGAAUUCAAUGAUCUCAGGCUAUGCACAACAUGGUUGUGGGAAGAAGGCACUUGAGAUUUUUGAGGAAAUGGAGACUCAAGGCUUAGAACUGGAUGGUAUUACAUUCAUUGGUGUCAUCUUGGCCUGUACUCAUGCAGGCCUUGUGGAUGAAGGUAAAAAAUACUUUGCUUCAAUGAUCAAAGAUAACCAUAUCAAUCCAACAAUGGAGCACUAUGCAUGCAUGGUUGAUCUCUAUAGUCGAGCUGGUAAACUAAAAGAAGCCAUGGACCUCAUACGAGAUAUGCCAUUUCCAGCAGGUGCAACUGUGUGGCGGACUUUAUUGGGAGCGUGCAGAGUUUAUCGUGAUCUGGAGUUGGGGAAGCUCGCAGCAGAAAACCUUAUAUCUCUUGAGCCACAAGAUUCAGCUGCCUAUGUGUUGUUAUCAAAUAUGUAUGCAGCAGCUGGAAAAUGGGAGGAGAGAGCCAAGGUCAGGAAGCUAAUGGAUGAAAGAAAAGUGAAAAAAGAGGCUGGGUACAGCUGGAUUGAAGUAAAGAACCAGAUUCAUUCAUUCAUGGCAUGUGAUCAAUCACAUCCCUUAUCAAAUUGCAUAAAUGCAAAACUUGAAGAACUAAAUGCACGAUUAAAGGAUGUUGGAUACUGCCCAGAUACAAAUUUCGUGCUUCAUGAUGUAGAGGAGGAGCAUAAAGAAGCUAUUCUGUCUCAACAUAGUGAAAGGCUGGCCAUUGCACUUGGAUUAAUCAUCACCCCUCCAGGUGUUCCUCUUCAAAUUGUUAAGAACCUAAGGGUAUGUGGUGACUGUCACACUGUUAUUAAGUUGAUUUCAGUGAUUGAGGGCAGAGAUAUUGUUGUUCGGGAUUCAAACCGUUUUCACCACUUCAAGGGCGGCUAUUGCUCAUGCGGAGAUUAUUGGUGACAUGCCAAUUAAAUUCUUGCAAA